CUUCUCUCCACCCCAUCACCGACCAGCACCGAACACACCAUAUUUGACUCCAGCGCAACAACCCAACUCAGCCAAACACACAUUCCACUUCCACUUGGGCGCACCCAAAACACCACCCUACUAGUUAAAAGUCACAAUGUCCGAUAAACCGUCUACCAAGGCCGACAUGAGCUCCGGCUCAGGCACCAACACGGGCCCUUCCACUGGCGCUGCUGCUGCUUCGGAGACCCGCGACAAGCCAGUAGCCACCAAGCCGGCACAGACGUGCGAUUGCGGCCAUACUGGUAGCUGCACUUGUACGCCGGGAGACUGUGCUUGCGAGAACUGCCCGACCGCUAUCCAGGCUUCGCACCACACGAAGUAACCUUCCUCUAAAGCUUCG